AUGAUAGCAGUAUCAGUGUAUGCAGUACGAGGUGUCCUAUCCUAUAACUUGAAGUGUAUUUAUACCCUGCAGUCAACCCCUUUGGUAUCUAACGCCUUCUGCAAGUACGAGGUGUCCUAUGACUCAAAGUGUAUUUAUAACCUGCAGUCAACCCCCUUGGUAUCUAACGCCUUCUGCAAGUACGAGGUGUCCUAUGACUCAAAGUGUAUUUAUAACCUGCAGUCAACCCCCUUGGUAUCUAACGCCUUCUGCAAGUACGAGGUGUCCUAUGACUCAAAGUGUAUUUAUAACCUGCAGUCAACCCCCUUGGUAUCUAACGCCUUCUGCAAGUACGAGGUGUCCUAUGACUCGAAGUGUAUUUAUACCCUGCAGUCAACCCCCUUGGUAUCUAACGCCUUCUACAAGUACGAGGUGUCCUAUGACUCGAAGUGUAUUUAUAACCUGCAGUCAACCCCCUUGGUAUCUAAAGCCUUCUGCAAGUACGAGGUGUCCUAUGACUCGAAGUGUAUUUAUAACCUGCAGUCAACCCCCUUGGUAUCUAACGCCUUCUGCAAGUACGAGGUGUCCUAUGACUCAAAGUGUAUUUAUAACCUGCAGUCAACCCCCUUGGUAUCUAACGCCUUCUGCAAGUACGAGGUGUCCUAUGACUCGAAGUGUAUUUAUACCCUGCAGUCAACCCCCUUGGUAUCUAACGCCUUCUACAAGUACGAGGUGUCCUAUGACUCGAAGUGUAUUUAUAACCUGCAGUCAACCCCCUUGGUAUCUAAAGCCUUCUGCAAGUACGAGGUGUCCUAUGACUCGAAGUGUAUUUAUAACCUGCAGUCAACCCCCUUGGUAUCUAACGCCUUCUGCAAGUACGAGGUGUCCUAUGACUCGAAGUGUAUUUAUACCCUGCAAUCAACCCCCUUGGUAUCUAACGCCUUCUGCAAGUACGAGGUGUCCUAUGACUCGAAGUGUAUUUAUAACCUGCAGUCAACCCUCUUGGUAUCUAACGCCUUCUGCAAGUACGAGGUGUCCUAUGACUCGAAGUGUAUUUAUAACCUGCAGUCAACCCCCUUGGUAUCUAACGCCUUCUGCAAGUACGAGGUGUCCUAUGACUCGAAGUGUUUCUAUAGCCUACAGUCCACACUAUCAGUAUCUAACGCUGUACCGUGCAUCUUCUAGUUUAUCCCCUGCCUACCCUUGAGCAGUCAUUUUCCCACAAUAUGUAUAUAAACAGCUUGAAUAAAUCACAUUUCUCCACGUU